UCUAGGGUUUCAAAUGGAAACACAGAGCCCAAUAAUCCUCCCACCCCUCCCAAUCCUCUUCUCCUUCUUCUUCACCAUCUACCUCAUCGCCUACUUCAUCGUCUUCCGCACAUGGAGCCCCAAGAUCCGACCCGAAGCCUCCAGCUGUCUCAUCUCCCUCGCCCACGGCACCCCCGCCGUCUUCUUCUCCUCCUACGCCCUCCUCUCCGAUCCCUCCACCGGCUUCGCCGCCGCCAACACGCGCCUCCAGAACUCCGUCCUCGAAUUCAGCGUCGCCUAUUUCCUCAUGGAUCUUCUCCACUACCUAAUCUUCUUCCCCGGCGACGUCCUCUUCAUCGGCCACCACCUCGCCACGCUCUUCGUCUUCCUCACGUGCCGCUACGUCGCCUCACGCGGCGCGUUGGCCGUCCUGGGGCUCCUGAUCCUCGCCGAGGUCACGAGCCUCUGCCAGAACGUGUGGACGCUCGCCAACGCGCGGCGGAGGGAGGUGGAGUUCGCCGCCAAGGUGUAUGAUUUCUUGUCUCCUCCUUUUUAUGUGCUCUAUUCGAUUGUGAGGGGCUUUGUGGGCCCUUAUUUCGUGUAUAGGAUGACUGCUUUUUAUGCUAGCGGCGCCGCCGAGGGGUUGAUUCCCCGGUGGGUGUGGCUUUCGUGGAUUGUUGUGGUAGUGGCUGCUAUUUCUGUUAGCAUUAUGUGGAUUUCGAAUCUUUGGGUGGAGUUGUUUAGAGAUAGGAGUGGCAAGUUGGAAAAGAAAACUAGAUAG